AUGGAGAAAUGGAAUCAAAGUUCAAGUGAUUUCAUUUUGUUGGGGUUGCUUCCACAAAAUCGAACUGGCCUUCUUCUUUUACUGCUCAUCAUCCUCGUAUUCUCAUUAGCCUUGUUUGGCAACUCAACAAUGAUCCACCUCAUACGUGUGGAUCCCAGACUCCACACCCCCAUGUACUUUCUUCUCAGCCAGCUCUCCCUCAUGGACAUGAUAUACAUCUCUAGUACUGUUCCCAAGAUGGCAUUCAACUUUCUCUCUGGCCAGAAAAGCAUCUCUUUACUGGACUGUGGAGUGCAAUCCUUCUUUUUCCUGACCAUGGCAGGCUCAGAAGGGCUGCUCUUGGCCUCCAUGGCUUACGAUCGUUUUGUGGCCAUCUGCCUCCCACUUCAUUAUCCCAUUCGCAUGAGCAAAAUGAUGUGUCUGAAGAUGAUCAUAGGAUCCUGGAUAUUGGGCUCCCUCAACUCCUUAGCUCACACAGUCUAUGCCCUUCAUAUCCCUUAUUGCCAGUCUAGGUCCAUUAACCAUUUCUUCUGUGAUGUUCCAGCCAUGUUGCCCCUGGCCUGUAUGGACACUUGGGUCUAUGAGUAUGUGGUGUUUGUGAGCACAAGCCUGUUUCUCCUACUUCCUUUCCUUGGC